CCACGGGGCCGUCGCGGCGCGAGCGGGAGGCUCCGCGGCCUAAGCGCCUCCGCGGGCGUCCGCUCGAUACUGAUCAUACUAUGACCGAGUCACCAGGUGUAAUGUCAUUGCAGAUGGUGUCAUCCAUCAGUAACUCGUCCUUGAUUCAGCCAGGCUUUUCUCUGCUGAAUUUUGAUGGGCAUAUUUUCUUUUUUGGGCAGAAAGGAUGGCCAAAGAGAUCCUGUCCCACAGGUGUUUUCCUCCUUGAUAUAAAACAGAAUGAGCUCAAAAUGAAACCUGCUGUCUUCUCUAAGGAUUCCUGUUAUCUCCCUCCUCUCCGCUACCCUGCUAUUUGCACUCUCAGAGGCAACGCAGAUCCUGAUAAGUACCAAUAUAUCAUUCAUGGUGGAAAAACACCUAACAAUGAUCUUUCUGAUAAGAUUUACAUUAUGAGUCUCAUAAGCAAAAAUAGCAAGAAAACCACGUUUCAGUGCAUUGAGAAAGAUCUGGCUGGUGAUGUACCCGAAGCAAGAUAUGGGCAUACAAUUAAUGUCGUUCAUAGCCGAGGAAAAAGCAUGAGUGUUAUUUUUGGAGGUAGAUCAUAUAUUCCUCUUGGACAAAGGACCACUGAAAAGUGGAAUAGCGUAGUUGACUGUUUUCCUUCUGUGUUUCUGGUUGAUUUUGAGUUUGGAUGCUGUACAUCAUACGUACUCCCAGAGCUUCAAGAUGGACUUUCUUUCCAUGUUUCAGUUGCCAGAAAUGAUACAGUCUACAUUUUGGGUGGUCAUUCCCUUCAAAAUAAUAUCAGGGCCCCCAGCUUAUACAAGCUAAAAGUUGAUCUCCCACUGGGCAGCCCAGCUGUGACUUGCACUAUCUUGCCAGGGGGGAUAUCUGUGUCAAGCGCUGUUGUGACUCAAAUUGGUGAUACCGAAUUUGUCCUUGUUGGGGGCUAUCAGUCUGACAACCAGAAAAGGUUGAUUUGUAACACCAUAGUUUUAGAAGAUAACAAGAUAGAGAUUGUUGAAAGGGAGAGCCCACAAUGGACACCAGAUAUUAAACACUGCAGGAUGUGGUUUGGUUGUGAUAUGGGCAAAGGGUCCGUAUUGCUGGGCAUUCCAGGGGACAGCAAACAGGUGAUCUCAGAUGGAAACUACUUCUACGUUUUGAAAUGUAGAGGAGCAGAAGAGGAGGAAGAACUGACAACCCAAACUUGCAGUCAGACUUCUGCUGAAGACCCAGGUGACUCCACUCCAUUUGAAGAUUCAGAAGAGUUUUGUUUUAGUGCUGAAGCCAGUAGCUUUGAUGUUGAUGAUACUGACACUUACAAUGAAGAUGAUGAAGAAGAUGAAUCAGAAACAGGCUACUGGAUCACCUGCUCUGCCAGCUGCAAUGUUGACAUUAACACCUGGGUCCCUUUCUAUUCAACAGAACUCAACAAGCCUGCAAUGAUCCUGUGUUCCAGUGGGGAUGGCCACUGGGUCCACGCACAGUGUAUGGAUCUGUCAGAGACCAUGCUUCUGCGUCUCUCAGAAGCAAAUGUCAAGUACUUCUGCAAUGAGCAUGUUGACCUUAAUAAAGGGCUCAAAACUCCCAAGAAGGUGGGGCAACUGCAAAAACAACCCAUGAAACCACUGCGCAAAAAGAAAGCCAUGAAGUUAACGCCAGUGAAAAAGUCCUUUCUUCGGAGAUUAUUUGAAUAGAUUUAAAUCACUGAUUAGUACUUGGCUCGGAGAAAGUGAAAUCACUGUCUAAAAUUGUUAGUAUUUGUUGUAGGAGAAUGGAUGUCUGGGCUCAUAGAGAUCUUUUUAAUUGAUUUUAAUUAUCUCGAUAUUUCAGGUGAAUUUCAAAGCUCAAGAAUUUCUUUUGCUUCUUAUAUAUGUUUUAGUAACAUCCAGAUCUUAAAACAAAGAUAGGAACUCCACUGAUACAGGGCAUUGUGCAAGCAGACAGCCCAAUAUGGAUAAAUUUAUGCUGUAUCUUAUGCUAUAACUCACUCUCCAGCUAUACCCAGCGAGUUUAAAGGAACUGCUUGUAGAACAAAGCUUUAUUCAAUGUACUCACGGGUCUUAGCAUCUGUCCAUAAAAAGCACCAUAUGACCCAUUUUAAUUUUUUGUCGUAGUGAGUAGUUCUAGAAAUACUGGGCUAAUUUAUAACUGCAUUACUCCACAUUUAUAUUGGUGUAAUGAACUGAUAUUAGAGAAAUUAAGCUGUUUUUAAUCAAAAGUGAUGAUUUAAGUCCUUGGUAUCAGAAAUAAUGAAAUAUUCAAACACUGAGGGUCAGUUUUAUUAAGGGACUCCCAUUAUGGAAAGUUUACAUAUGAAGCAUUUAAUUCUGGUUAAUUAGUUUUUGAUUUUAAGAGACACUGAAUAGUUAUAUGUCAGUGUUGGUUAGAGUUGUGGAAUAUAUCAUCUCAUAAUGAAAAUCAAAUUGCUAUUUUAAACCACU